AUGAAAUUAGCUAUUUUAGGAGCGACGGGUCCUUCUGGACAAGCUUUGGUUCAACAAUCUUUAGAAGCUGGUCAUGAGGUACUGGCUUUAGUGCGUAAUCCUGAUGGUAUUUCAACUAAACAUGAACAGUUAAGGGUAAAAAAGGUAGAUGUAACAAAGGAAGAAGAUCUGGCGCCAUUUUUUAAACAAUGUGAUGCUGUGAUGUCAUGCUUAGGUUCCAGACCUUCCUUCCUUACCACUGUUACGUUGUACACCGAUACUACACGUGCCAUGGUGGCCGCCAUGAGAAAGACAGGUGUUACUAGAUUGGUCUGUAUGACAGCGUGGGGAACAAAACGUAAGUCCUCUGCAGAAGGUGAACCAUGGGCUAUUGCCUGGAUUCUUCGACCACUGUUUCUGAGACAAGUUUUAGCAGAUAUGUCAAGAAUGGAGGAUUAUUUACUGUCAGAAUGUCAAGAUAUUAAUUAUACUGUUGUAAGACCACCCAAAUUGUUGAAUACAGAAGCUACAGGCAAAGAUAUAAAGACUAAUGAAGGACAGUUUGUACCCGAUGCACGUGGUGGUAUGCCCAGAGCUGAUGUAGCAAGAUUUAUGUUACAGUGUUUACAAUCAAAAGAAUGGGACAGAAAAAUGAUAGCAGUAAUGAUUUGA